UCUGGAUUGUUUGUGUUCUCUUGCAGUGCUGAUCCUCCACGCAUAACCAAAGACGUGAUCUGUUUCCACGCAGCUGAUUUCCCUGACGUGGUUCAGCGGCUGCAGCUAGAUCUUUACGAGCCGCCUCUUUCUCAGUGUGUGCAGUGGGUGGACGAUGCUAAACUCAAUCAGCUGAGGCGAGAGGGAAUCCGCUACGCUCGAAUCCAGCUCUACGAUAACGACAUCUACUUCAUCCCUCGCAACGUAGUUCAUCAGUUCAAGAGCGUGUCGGCCGUGUGCAGCCUCGCCUGGCACGUGCGUUUGAAGCAGUACCAUCAGCCGCCCGAAGAAGAGCAGACUCGUGAGGCAGACGAGCUGAAGCAGCACAUCAAGCAGGAGUCGGCUGGAGAGAACGGCAGAGCUGCAGCACAGACUGCAGACCGGUACCGGCCGUUCUGCGUAACACAAAUAAAGAUGGAGCGGGCGGAGCUGCUCGCUGACAGACCACCCAAGCCUCCUCCUGGAAGUAGCAGCUCGACUCCGCCUCUUGUCUCUUCUGACGGCCGACCCAAAGCGCACCACGCGGCAGAAUGUCCGAGCGCUUUGUCACGCAACUCCACAGCCGGUCCACACACACCCAAACACACGAACACACCAGCACCAACCAAGCACUCGCACACAUCAACACCAACCAAACACACACACACACUCCGCAUCCAGAUAUCUCCAUUCUUCCUCUGUCCACAAAUCAGGCCACACGCCCUCAACACCAACUAAACUCAGUCAUUCUGCCAACACAACCAAACCAACACAAGUGGCUAAUAUAACCAAACCAACACACCUUACUAAUCGAACCAAACCCACACCACCUACUAACGCAACCAAACCCACACAACCUAUUAACGCA